AUGCCCGCCGCCGCCAGCGCCACCGGCCUCUCGUCCGCGGGCGCUCCCCCGUUCCGCCUCCCCGCCUCUGGCUCCUCCGCCCACCAGGGCCACAUCCGCCUCCAUCCUCCUGCUGUCUGCCGCCGCCGCUUCAAACUCCGUUGCGCCGCCUCGUCUGGCGGUGGCGACGGCGCCGGAGGCAGCGGCGGCUCCGACCCGGCCCUCGAGGAGCAGCGCCGCCGCCAGGCCGAGCUCGCCGCGCGCAUUGCGUCCGGCGAGUUCACGGUGCAAGGCCCCGGGUGGAUUGCGCCUCUCGUGGGGAAGCUCUCCAAGCUGGGCCCGCCGGGGGAGCUCGCCGCCGCGCUGCUCACAAGGGUGGCGGGCGCGGGCGCGGCGCGCGGCGGCCCGGAGAUCCCGCAGGCAGUGGGGUCGAUCAACGCCGUCGUGGGGCAAGCCUUCUUCGUGCCCCUGUACGACCUCUUCCUCACCUACGGCGGCAUCUUUCGCCUCAACUUUGGCCCUAAGUCGUUUCUUAUUGUCUCCGAUCCGGCUAUCGCUAAGCACAUCCUGAGGGAGAACUCCAAAGCUUAUUCCAAGGGAAUUCUUGCAGAGAUACUGGAGUUCGUGAUGGGUACGGGUUUAAUCCCUGCUGACGGGGAGAUUUGGCGUGUUCGGAGGCGUGCUAUUGUUCCCGCAUUGCAUCAGAAGUAUGUGACUGCGAUGAUUGGUCUCUUUGGAGAAGCUUCAGAUCGGCUCUGUGAGAAAUUGGACAAGGCAGCAGUGGAUGGGGAGGACGUGGAGAUGGAGUCGUUGUUCUCUCGACUCACGCUGGAUGUCAUCGGGAAGGCGGUGUUCAAUUAUGACUUUGACUCGUUAUCUUACGAUAACGGGAUAGUCGAGGCAGUGUAUGUAACACUAAGGGAAGCAGAGAUGCGUAGCACUUCUCCUAUACCAACCUGGGAAAUACCCAUAUGGAAGGACAUUUCCCCACGGCAGAAGAAGGUCAACGAAGCUCUCAAGUUGAUAAAUAGUACUCUCGAUGAACUAAUUGCCAUAUGCAAGAGACUGGUAGAGCAAGAAGAUCUUCAGUUUCAUGAGGAAUACAUGAACGAGCAAGAUCCUAGCAUUCUUCACUUCCUUUUGGCAUCUGGAGAUGAUGUAUCCAGCAAGCAACUCCGUGAUGAUUUGAUGACCAUGCUCAUAGCUGGUCAUGAGACUUCUGCGGCAGUCUUGACAUGGACGUUUUAUCUUCUAUCUAAGUAUCCAAAAGUAAUGGCCAAGUUGCAAGAUGAGGUUGAUAGUGUUCUAGGUGAUGGUUUGCCUACAAUUGAGGAUGUGAAGAAACUAAAGUACACGACUCGGGUUAUUAAUGAAUCAUUGAGACUAUAUCCACAGCCGCGGUUUUAA